AUGGCGAAGGCCCUGGGCCCGGCUACGCCGGCGGUUGUGGUCGCUUUCCUCAGCUUUCUGUGGGCGCUGGCGCAUGCGCAAUGCCCAGAUGACACCUGCCUCUUGCAGUCCGUGAAGAAGCAAACCCCUGGAUGGAACGAAGCCCAGGGAGGAACGAGCUGCUAUUGGACCUGUCAUUCGGUCGGACUGACUUGUGACAGAACGAAGAUGACUACCAUCAACUCUUCGCAGGCCAUUUAUGAUGUGGUGUCGGAGCAUUUCGGUGAACACUGCAAGGCCGGGUUCGAAAAAGCAGAUCAAUUGGGAAUCCUGUAUGCCGGAGGAGGGGACAGAAAUCGUUGCGCGUACUUCGACUCGGAGAGCGAUUAUUUCGAUUGUGAAGAUCCCAUCAGCGGUGCCACCAAUUCUUAUUCCGUGUGCUACUGCAGCUAG